CCGGCCUUGCACAAUUCAGGGCUUGCUUGAUGAGGAGGAGGAGGCUGAGGCUGGAUCCGCCUCCUCCCUAUGCUACAAGUUAACGAUUGAUCUCUGGGGAGAGGAAAGAGAGGGAGAGCUGAAGCUGGCAGCCGGCCAGCGGGCAGUGCCCAGGGCAUAAAAGGGAAAGGCCGGCGGCUCCCAGACCCAGUCCCGGCUCAGCCUCCAGACUCCGGCCUCCUCUGCGCCGCAGCCAUGUCCCUCCUCUUGUGCCUGCUCCUGAUGCCCAGCCUGGCCCUGACUAUGCCCACGCGCCCCAAGCCGAGCCCGGAGCUGGCGCUGCAAGAGGAAGUCAGCAUCCUCCUCCACGGCGUCCUGCAGUUCGGCCAGGCCCUCAAGCACAUCUACAAAGCCACGGAGGCCCAGCUGGCCGAGGCCGGCCGCAGCCUGGGCCUGUACGAGCAGACCGUGCUGAUGAUGCAGCAGGACCUGGGCAGUGCCCGGGCAGGGACGCAGGAGCUGCAGAGGAGCCUGGGGGAGAUCCAGGCGGAAGGGAAGACCUUGGAGCUGCAAGCUCAGGGGGCUGGGAUUGCCCUCAGCCAAGUGCUGGAGGGGCACCGGGAUCUUCAGCAAAGGGUGGAGAAGCUCCAGGGGGCCUUGGCUGCCGCAGCGCCCCGCCGCCCCCAGAAGGAGCUUGAAGACCUCAAGCUCUACGUGGACAAACAAAGCCAGAUCAUCUGGUCCCUGAUGGGUCACGUGCAGCGGCAGCAGCGAGAGCUGGCCCAGCAGCGGCAGCAGCUGUCUCACAUUCGGGCCAGGCUCCAAGCUGUAGCACUCCCAUCCUGAGCUCGCCUCGGGAGAAGACUGAGCCCAAGUAGGACGGCCCUGGACGAGGGCCCAGCAGGGGAGAGCGUUCGGGUCCUGGCUGACCGGACGGCUGGAGAGCGCGCUCGGGGGACCCGAGUUUGGAGGCCGGACGCCACUGACUGUCUGUGUAAUCUUGGUCAAGUCACAACUUCCCGAGACCUCAGGAGGCGGGGACGGACCGUUCGGCCCCCGGAGCUCCCUCCCCGAGGGGCCUCUGCGGCAGGGCCCCGGCUGAAGAGCUCGGGAGGCCGAAGGAGCCGAGCACGCGGGGAAGCGGCCAGAGGAGAGGUCGCUGGGGGGCCAGAGCCCUCGGGCAGGCUGCAAAGCUGACAUUAAACCAUUGUUUUGGUCUGUA